UGCUCCACAACCCACACUGACUCCCCGAACACAGGGAAGCACCCCUACUACGACCAUGAGAUGCAAGCCGACCAAUAGGAGCAGAACUAAUGUAGUCGAGCAGAGGAAGUAGCCUACAAACUGUCUCAGAAGAGCCUUGCACAAACAUCAAAGUUCACAGCAGGCAAGGGAAGCACAGGAAGAUGUGUACUUAUUGUCACAAUAACCCCAUUAUGCAUUUAAGGAAGAAAAUAUCCAUUAUUUAUUUUCAGAAAUUAUAGAUCCAUGGUCAAACUUGUGGUCCUUUUAAAGUUUUUGUAUAAUAGUGUUACAAAGAAUUAAAGCACAUAUAGGCCUAUACAUAAUUAUUUCUGAGCCCCUUAUGGUCAAAAUCAGGUUGCAGCCUGUCUGACUAAAUGUAAAGUUAUUAGGUUGUAAGUUGUAACUAUCCAUAAAUGUACUGCUAAUCAUUCAUCGUAUGCAUGCAUAGGCCUUCUACAGAGCCAAUGUCUGCUAAAGGGAUAACUAAUAUGAUCUACAGUCAAAGAAGAAUUGUUCACCAACACAAUGAUUUGUUUAUAGGCCAACCGCGUUUGACAAAACGAGCGCACUUAAAGUUGUAAAACUAGGAAGUUGGACGAUAAUUCCAGAAGCAUUUGAAGGACUCAAGUUAAUCUCAAAAUGAGCAGAAUUUACCAUAACACAUCCUUGCAAAAUAAACCAGUCCAUAAUGAUAGAAUAGACAGCAUUUGGCCCCCUGCAUCUGACAGCGGGCCGGGGGUCCUUCUCGAAGGAAUGCUUCGGGAUGUCUCCCGACAUGUCAUCACCGACGUCAAUAAUCAGAAGGUGCGUUUCUAUGCAUUGUACAUCAAACCAACCCGUAUCCAUCAGCGAAGGUUUGACCCCAGUGGAAAGGAAAUCGAGCCGAAUUUCAGUGACACCAGGAAGGUCAACACUGGUUACCUAAUGUCCUCCUUCAAGACGGAGGCCAAAGGGGAGUCGGAUCGUCUGUCUGAGCAGCAGCUGGCGGCCAUGGUGAACCAGGCAGAGCUGGUGAAGAUAACCUGCAAGCACACACCCAGCGGCGGCACCCUGGCCUUCUGGUACCCCGAGGCCCAGAUGGAGAACACAGAGCUUGAGGUGGGCCAGGAGGUGCGCCUCAAGACCAGAGGAAACAGCCCCUUCAUCUUCUCGUUAGCCCAGGUGGACGCCGGUAAUGUAACAAAGUGCAAUUUCGCUGGAGAUGAAAAUGCUGGCGCAUCAUGGACGGACAAGAUCAUGGCCAACAAAGCAGGGGCAGCUGGUGUUCAGAGCAACAGCGGAGAGGGACAGGGGGCCGAGGAGGACGAAUGGGACGAAUGAAGCAGAAAUACAACCAUGAGCCUUUCCCUGCUGUUCUAGUUCCUCGUGGAGCGCUGGCUGACACUCCUCUGUAUCUUUCUAUAAGUAUUUGGAUCUUUCCCUGAUUCACUCCCUCCAGCCAAAUCAACUGUCUUUUUAAACAAAGACUUUGUUUGAUUAGGCUUCAGCAUAAUAAGAGGUUGGGUUCAUGGGUGUGAGCUCCACUGUUUCCUCCCCCAGUCGUCUUUCAGGUUGUAUUGUGGGUUGUACCCGGUGCAAUAAUGAUGGGACCCAUUCAAUUCCAUUUUUCGGCAUUCCAUAAAGAAGAGAAACACAGAUAACCUUGACUGGAAGCCCAAACAGCAAAGCCAUGAAAGGGAGAACAUUUAUGAAACUGUUGUGUGUUAAGUUAAAAAAUACUAAUACAUCUGUAAUAAAACAUAAAACAUUGAAACACACUCAUCUAUGAUCAAACCCCAUCACUUUUGAGAACUACACGUUUUUUAAUAAUAAGACAAUUUCUGGAAGAGGGUAUGAAUAGAAGGCACUCAACAUUGUAGGCACUCAACAUUGUAACCGGCUAUAAGCCAAUCUUUAAAUAGAAACACAGGGAAAGAUAUCGGAGAAUCAACAGCAAUGGGUGCUUUUAAUUCCACAUGUGAAAAGAUGUUACGCGGUUUAUAAUUGUUGUUUUGAAACAAUCCUACGUAGACUAAUUGAACAUUGAAAUAUAUACAUCAUAGAUAUACAUUUGUAUUGACUUCAUUAUGAUCAACAUUUGUGUAUGGUUAGGGUCUACAUUUGUAGACCCUAACCCUUGCAUAUCAUUUUUUAUUAUAAAACUUUUUAUACCCAAUUCUUCCAUUUAGUUCAUCAUUCUAACACAUUUUUUUCAUUGCUACAAAACAUUUUUUAUUACAAUAAAAAAAGUACCAUUA